AGAUGCAAGACCCCCCGGGGAGGCGAGUGACGAAUCACUGCAGGCGACACGGUCGUCGCGCCACGAUCCAGGCGUUGGCGUUGGGCGUUUGCGCUUUGCCGUGGAUGGAGAAGAUGCGGAACCGCAGGGCCGGCGUCCAGGGGGGGUUGAGAGGAGGAGGAGACAAGAAUAUGAACCGGAACCCCGCGGGCUCGGGAAGUCUAGUGAUUUACGGUGCUGUGGAUGAAAGGGGACGGAUGGACGGAUUGAGGAUCGAGGGAUGGUGAUUGAUUGGCGAGGCUGUGAGUCGAUAGUGUCUAG